AUGAACAAAAUUGAGUCAGAAAAUCAAAAAAAGAAAAUUUAUAUUGAAAAUCAAGAGAGUGAGUUCCCAAUAAGCACCCUUAAGAGUUACAGGCAACAAACGCUCUUUGAAGAAGAAUCAAGCAGAGUAUUAUGUGAAAAUAAUUGUAAAAUAGUCAAAGAAAUCGCAUUGCAUAAAAUAGAAUCCACACAAAGUAUCAUGACUGACAGCACACUGUCCUCUGCAGACGACAGAAGUAAACGCAACAAUUUUCGGAGAAAAAAAUUAUCAGUGGAUUUCCCAAAAAGAAUUAACGGGAAAUGUAUAUAUGAAAUUCUAUGCGGCAAAUAA